CGACUCUACAUGUCUCAAAGUCCGUACCAUCUGCACGGACUCACUCUCCACGUACUCUCAUGUCCACUACUGUCACUGGCCGUAUUGUCACAGCUUGCGCCAGCUUUUGCUCCGGAGAAUCCUACCACGAGAAUCAUGAGCAAUGCCGGAGGCCCCUGUCACUGGUACCGGUCACAGGAUCGAAGUCUGUCCACAAUGGCUCCCUGCUUCCUUACCGAUGGCUGCGCGACUCCUGUCAGUGCCCGAGCUGCGUCCACCCAUCGACACGCCAGAAACUGCACAGGACGUCGGACAUCCCGGCAGACACACUCCCAGCCAGCGACGGAGUGCGUGUGUCCAACGGCAGCGUGGAGAUAACCUGGGCGUCCGGGCACGUAUCACACUAUCCGAAGACCUUCCUCGAGCUCUACGCCUCGCCAAAGAGGCUGCGCGCGUUCCACCAGGAGGUCGCCGCGAAGCGAUGGGACGGGGUCGCCAUCCGGUCCGUGAGCAACCUCUUCCUGCCGUACGCCAGUCUGCAGGCCCCGGCGGGGCUGCUUGCGGCGAUCACGCAGCUCGCGCGGUAUGGCGUGCUCUUCGUCACCAACGUCCCCACCGCGCGCACCUCGAACGACGCCUGCGAGCUGCGCGCGCUCGCGGGGAGCUUCGGCGAGCUCCGCGAGACGUUCUACGGGCAGACGUGGGACGUGAAGAACGUCCCGAACAGCAAGAACAUCGCGUACACGAACGUCGACCUCGGCCUGCACAUGGACCUCCUCUACUUCCAGCAUCCACCACGCUUCCAGAUCCUCCACUCCCUCCGGAACCGCGUAGACGGCGGCGCAUCCUACUUUACGCUCCGCGAGACGCACCCAGAGGACUUCAGUGUCCUCGCGGAUACACCCGUCGCUUUUCACUACAUCAACGACGGGCACCACCUGCACCACUCCCACCCCACCAUCCAGCUCGCCUCGCCGCAGGCAGAUUCCACGCCCGACACACCACGCCCGAUCGCACACGUCAACUACUCGCCGCCCUUCCAGGCGCCGCUACCGCUCUCCACGCCUCCUGUGUUCUAUCCUGCUCUCGAGCGCUUCGUCGGUCUGCUGGAAGACCCUGCCUUGCGCUUCGAGUACCUGAUGCGCGAAGGCGAUGCGGUCGUAUUCGACAACCGCCGAGUGCUGCAUGCGCGCACCGCGUUCAAGGACCGCGAGGGAGACUCUGGGUGCUAUCUAGAGGCGACGCAGUACUAG